CGGCGGCGACGGCCAUUACGUGUGAGAGCCGGGAGGGAACGCGCUGCGGACGGACGUCAGAGACGCGGCUCGGGACACGGGCGGACCCGGCACGCGCCAUGCUGAGCCUGCUGCUGUUCGCCGCGCUCCUGGUGGCCGCGCUGGUGCGCGUCUUCCUCGAGAGCAGGAAGAACUACCCGCCGGGUCCGUUCAACAUCCCGUUCCUGGGCAGCCUGCAGCAAGGAAGGCUCAUAAACACCGUGGUGCACGAUGAGAUGAAGAAGUUAAGCGAUCAGUACGGCAAUCUCGUAUUCCUCAAGAUACUCAUGGACCAGCCGGUGCUCAUUAUUCGAGGGUACGACCUGGUGAAGGAGGCCACCCACAGCCGCGCCUUCUCCGGCGUCGGCCGGCCGCUGACGUUCAAAGAGCACGGCCUGCACCGGCGGAUGGGGCUCAUCUUCUCGGACGGCGACAACUGGCAUCAGAUGCGACGCUUCUCACUCCGCGCGCUGCGCGACCAGGGCUUCGGCCGCAAGACGCGCACCGACAACAUCAACGAAGAGCUGGCCGAAGUCCUGGGUUCGCUGAUGGUCGCGGCAAAGGAGGGCCACGAGGUCCAGGUACGCGGCCUCUUUACCCUGGCCGCCACCAACGCGCUCCUCCAGCUGAUCAUAGGAACCAAGCUGCAGCGGGGCGGGCAGGUGGAACAUCUGACCGAGCUCGUCGAUCGGAACGUGAACAGCCUCGGCCCAGCCUGCAUGCACCUCGAGCUGUUCCCCUGGCUGCGUCACGUGGCGCCUCGCCUCUCCGGGUUCCAGCAGUUCCACGACGACGUCCAGGAGAUGGUCGAUAUCUUCCUGCCGCUGAUAGCCGAGCACGCCCAGAGCGUGGUGGAUGAUCAGCCGCCGCGUGACCUGGUGGAGGCGUUCCUCCAGCAGCAGCGCGAGCAGCGGCCCCCGCAUCGUUUCACGAAGGACAACCUGCGCUGCCUGCUCAAGGAUCUGCUGAUGGCCGGAAUGGAGACGGUCAACACCGUCAUGGAGUGGGUCAUCCUGAUACUGGUGUUGCAUCCAGACGUGCAGGCACGCGCCGCCGCCGAGGUGGACGAGGUGGUCGGCCAUGACCGCACGCCUGCCAUCGACGACAUGCUGGCCAUGCCCUAUCUGGAGGCCGUGAUCGAGGAGACGAUGCGCUGGAUGCCCGCCCUGCCUAUCGUACAGCAUGCCACCACCUUCGGAGCCACGCAGCUCGGCGGCCGCCACGUGCCGGCGAACUGUCGCGUGUUCAUCGACCUGAGAAGCGUGCUGCACGACGCGGCGUUCUGGGGAGACCCGGAGUGCUUCCGACCCGAGCGCUUCUUGGCGCCGGACGCGGCGCGCCUCAAGGAGCGGCUGCUCGGCUUCGGGUUCGGCCUGCGCCGCUGCAUCGGCGAGACGCACGCGCGCCAGGCGCUGUUCCUGUUCACGGCCGGACUGCUGCAGAGGCUGCGGCUGCAGCUGAGUCCCGGUCAGGCCGACCCCAGCCGGCCGGGGCCCAGCCUGGUGCUCAAGCCGCAGCCGUACCGCAUCACCGUCCAGACCAGGGAAUGAGCCGCACCGGAGGCGGCAGCGGCGGCAGAGGAGAAGGACAUCCCGCCGUCGGAGGAGCGAUGCUCUGUGUGAUCACGGUAUGAGCGACGGUUGUCAUGGACUGCCCUUGACCUUGCCAGAUGCUGCAGGAGCUCUCUUUUCGCCUAACAAUAACACUCGCUUCUCGGGCUGGCACUGCCUCUCGCCGCGCCAAUGAGCAGCACAGAGAUGAGGCGAAGCCCACAGAUAACAACAUCGAAAGGACGCAUGACUGAACGGCUCACCUUCUGCCGACCCAGUGAUGUGAGGCCAAAGAGGGCCCGAAUCUCAGCACACCUCAUCGUGGCAAACAGAAAAACGUAGCAUGCGAGUCUUUAUCCUAUUUAGUCCAUACUCAAAUGUGCUUCAAUGCCCUUGCGUCUCUGACAUGGAAUCUGAGCCGCCUAUUACCCUUCUCAAAAUUGUUUAACCAAAGAUGACUGAAGGUGGUGUUGUCGUGGCAAAUAUUCCGGGUAAAUCGUAUGUAUCCAUUUAUAAACAUAAGCGCGGUGCCUGUGAAACUGGACGACUUUGACGAGCAUUUUUAUAAAGUUUCUCACAAACAUG